GCAGGAGGCGCCGGGGAUUUUGGCCUUCACCGCAGGGGGGGCCUGCUCUUCGACUUCCAGGGCCACCAGCUGCAGCGGCGCCUCCCCGCAGAAGCCGUGCGAGGGCGCCGCCGGCUCUCUCGGCCCAGGCGCGCUGGCAGAGCCCACGCCCUCUGGCGAGCAGCAGCCCUCCGCCGCGGAGCCCGCGCCCACGCCCUGGCUGGCGCCCUGCGGCGACCAGCCGCCAUUCCGUGCGGAGGAACCCGCGCUCGCCGCGGGGCCCACUCCCGCGGAGCCCGCCAGGCGGCCAAACGAGGGGUGAUGACUCACUUCAGGGGAGGAAGAGGUACGUGCCCCUGUCGCUACCCUUCCCUCGUCUUCGCCGCUUUGGAUCUUCUCGGAGGCCCCCGCCGCCACGGCUGGAUCCGGGAGAGGUCUGGGGAGUAGCGGUAUCGGUACGGCUUGGUUUCCCAGAAGUUGGGGGGGUAUCACGGCGGGGUCCGUGAUGUCUCCCAGAGUUCGUGCCUAUCGGUCCUUCUUUCGUGCCGCCUCCUGGCCCCCUCUUGGACGCCCCCCCUCCAUGGACGCCCCCGAGGAGCCCGCCGGGCUCGACGGUGCGCUCGGCGUGCCGCAGCCCGCGGCGGCGGAGGAGCCCCAGGCAAGCGCGCCGCGGGCGUUGCCGCCGCUGGAGCUGGGGCGGGCCGCAGACCCCGAGGCCGAGGUCGUCUCCGAGGGCCCUCCCGAUGCCGGAGGCCCCGGGGAGCCGUCGGCGUGGACGGGGCACGACUGGCCGGAGGCGCAGCUGCCAGAGCUCCGGUCGGAGGCCGGCCAGACCCUGCGGGUCUACAUCGGAUCGUGGAACCUUCACGGGCAGAAGGCCUCCGGCGUCUGCCCCCCGCCGCCCAGCACGGCGGUCAGUUGUUGCCUCGUGUACUUCCAGUUGCUUGGCGCCGUUCUGUCGACCUCAAAGUGGUCAUCGACAGGCUCGCCGAUCCUUGUCUCGGCCUCUCUGUCCCUCUUCUCCGCCCAGGCAUGGGUUGACGAGCCGCAUCCGUUCGCCACCCUCAUUGGCGCGUUCUUGCUGCUCGACCGCAGCUGUCCGCCACCUAACUUCGAAGAGCUCUGUUUGGUGUUGGAGUUGGCCUUGGAGGCCCGGCUGGGCACGUCCCUGCCACGGACAUGA